UGCCUGACUAUGACAUAGCCCAGAUUCCAAAACGACCUCCGCGUAAUAUAAGGCCCCCGGCCCCAAAUAUAGUUGGUCUCGCCGAAGUAUUUAACGCUGGUGUUUGAUAUCUGAUCAGCAGCUCACUGUGUUAUCUCAAGCCAUCUUACGUCCUUCCAUAACCACGGUGAUCGAUAGCGAACAUGGGUCUGCACGAACGCAGAGAAGAGCGUAGGGAACAACACGAAGAGAGGCGUGGGGAACGCCAUCAUCGCCAUGAUGGAUCCCAAGCUGGAGACUACUAUAGCGGCGAUCGGGAGGGAAAUCAGUAUGGGAGAGGCGGAUACGCUCCGCAGGGAUACGGGGCCCCACCAUCGUAUGGAUCUGCCGUAUCUCAGACCGGCGGUAGAGGAUACGCCCCAGGUUACAUGAGUCAGGACUCUAAUCUAUACAAAAAUGACGACUGCGAGUCCAACAAUCGCUCGAACGUACCCUACGCCUCCCAAGUUCAUGGCUAUGGGACUGGGGGGGCAUACGCUCGCCCCCACGAUUCGACAAAUGAAACGUACUCUUCGGCUUAUGCACCUUCACACCCUGCUGGCGCGCCUUUCGGUACCCCAGGCUUGGACAGUGGUCGACCACCUACAACGUUCGGAUCUUCCCACAGUCCUUACGAAGGUUACAAGGCCGAACCCGAUACAUCUUAUGGAGGACGCCCGUCGGGUGAUCCUGAUCAUCGCGGCGACGCCGAGUACGGUGGUCCCAAGUCCCAGUACGGCGACUCUGGUUAUGAAGAGAGAGGUUCUCGUUACGGCGCGUCCCAGGGAUACAGCGGUGGCCAGGGGCACCGUGAUAACGACGAGUCCUACGGUAGAGCUCCUCAGGGUCCAAUUGGCCCUGGCAGUGGUGCCGGUGGAUAUGCUUCCGGUGGUCCUCGCCGUGAGGGCUUAGAUCCCGGUGUUGGGUACGCUGGGCGUGAUUCGAGUCAUGGUGCUCCUCAGUCAUAUGGUGGCCCUCGCCAUGGUGAUGACCGUGACGAGUAUAGCGCCAAGAGCUCCAGCUACAACCCACCUCAGUCAUACGGUGCGUCUCGCAACCACGAAGAUAGAGACGAAUACCCUGGCGCUAAAGGCUCUACGGCUUAUAACGUCAGCGAUCCCAACCAGUACUCGGGUGCUAAGUCUUCUGGAUACGGACCCCCUGAAUCCAAGUACGGUACGAAUAUUUCAGCUUCCGAUACUUCUCGGCCGUAUGGUGGUUCUCGUCGUGGCGAUGGAGGUGAAUACUCAAACAGAACCACCCAGUCUUCAGGGUUCUCUUCGGGUCCGAAUACACCAGCUGGCGGGUUCUUGUCAGGGUCUGGUGGUGUUGCCAGUACACGUGAUGACGCACCGGGUCCCGCUAAGGGUGGUUACGGCGGACGUGAUUCUGGGCCUGGAACUUACGGGUCUGAACGACGAGGUGAUUACGAUGACCUUGACUCUUCUUACGAGUCGAAGACAAGUUCAUCUGGAUACGAUGCGCCCCGAGGAAAACCUCCCGGAUACGGUGACGGUCGUCGCCGAGAUGAAGACACUUACUCGGGCACUCCCGCGCAUGGUCGGCCACAGCGUAACGACUACGACGAUGACGAUGACGAGAGGGAUAAACGCCAACAGCAGCAACAUCUCGACGCGCACGCGCGGGUAUAUGGGCCUGGUGGGGAUUCAAAUGCGCCUGCGGACCCCGAUGUGCUCGGUGCAGCUGCGGCAGUGGAAGCUCUCAAACUCACCGCAGCUGGCAAGCACUCCGAGGCAGGUGGAAGGCCUGGUGGACGUCGUCCGAACGCAGACGACGAUGACGCGGGAUACUCAAACGCACCUGCAGGUGGUCUGCAACCAAACAAACCUACUGGUGGCCGGAAGUCCUCUUACGACGACGAUGACGAUGAAGACGCAUCGCCUGCUCCCACUAGUAAGGGAAGUUCGAUGCAAGAUAAGAUUGUCUCGUUAGCCAUGUCUCAGGCGGGGAAAUUGUUUGACAAGAAGAAUGGGGGAAGUGGAGGGUCCGGCGAUUCCGCGGGCAAGUCCGAUGCGAUGCAAACUGCUGCUGCUACUGCGAUGAAGCUGAUCGGCGGCGGCGGAAACCUUGGACCUGAAGAAAUGCAGAAGCUGGUCGGUGCUGCAAUGUCGAUGUUCUGAAUAUGAAAUAAGAUGUCGUUUCCCGUGUACUAAUAGCACUUUUUGAAUGGAACAAACUUACCUGGCUGGUGUUUUGAUAUGGGCGGGAAGACUCGUCGAACACAUUGAGUUGGGGGCACUCGGUCAUGCAACGUUUUAGCAGAACGGAUGGCCUUGGGGAAUUAUGUAAAGAAGUAGGUUGAAGUAUGCACGAACGAUGUCGUUUACUUAAAUAGUGUUUCCCGACAGACUGGUG